AUGUCUCUGUUGAAACCUGCUGUGCUGUUCCGUGACUUCUUGGCUGUUUUGAAGAACGAUGAUGACCUCGUAGAGAUCACCAGUGAGAUUGACCCACAUCUUGAGGCUGGAGCAAUUAUGAGAAAGGUGUAUGAGUAUAAAUUGCCAGUCCCAUACUUUCGGAAUCUCAAGAAGAAAUCCGAAAACCCCGAUCCCGAGAAUUUGUUCGAUAUGGUCGGAUGCAUUGCAGGAUUGAGAGAUGGUGCCAAAGGUGAUCAUGCUAGAGUGGCUCACCACUUGGGACUUGACCCCAACACUCCAAUGAAACAGAUUAUUGAUUACUUGGUGGAAUGUUACGAUAAAACUCCUAUUCCUCCUCAAUUGGUUGAACGUGAAGAAGCUCCGUUCUCUAAGCAUGAGCUUUCUGGGGAUGCUAUCGAUUUGUUCUCGUUGCCUGCUCCAUUCUUGCACCCAGAGGAUGGAGGCUUGUACAUCCAGACGUACGGAAUGUUCAUUUUGCAAACUCCCGACAAGUCUUGGACCAACUGGAGUAUUGCAAGAGCUAUGAUCUACGAUAAGAACCACUUGACGGGAAUUGUCAUGAAUCCUCAACAUAUUCAGCAAGUCUCAGCCAAGUGGAAGGAGGCAGGUUAUGGAUCCAAAAUCCCAUAUGUGUUGGCUUUCGGUGUACCUCCAGCAGCCAUUUUGGCAAGUUCUAUGCCUAUUCCCGAUGGUGUCAGUGAAGGUGAUUAUGUUGGUGCAUUGAUUGGGGAGCCACUUCAAGUGGUCAAGGCUAAGACAGUGGAUUUGGAAGUUCCUAGAGAUUCCGAGAUGGUUUUCGAGGGAUACUUGGAUAUCGAGGAGAACCUUGUGAAAGAGGGACCUUUUGGUGAAAUGCAUGGCUAUGUUUUUCCAGGAACUGGACAUCCAUGCCCAAGCUACACUGUUCAACAUAUCAACUACAGAGAUCAUGCUAUUUUGCCUGUUUCCAACCCUGGAAUUUGCACGGAUGAAACUCACACCUUCAUUGGAGGGUUGACCAGUGCUUCUUGCAAGCAGAUUGCUUUGCAGCAUGAGAUUCUUAGCAAAAUUGUGUUGGAUGUGUUUACUCCUUACGAGAGUCAAGCCUUGUGGUUGGUGUUGAAAAUCGACACCAAAGUGUUACCUACUUUGAAGUUGACCAAGAAGCAGCUAGCAGAUUUGGUCAAGGAGGUGUUUUACUUUUCCAAGCCGGCCAGAAUCAUCCACGAAAUCGUCUUGGUGGGUGAUGACAUUGACAUCUUCGACUUCAAGAAAGUCAUUUGGGCUUAUGUCACCAGACACACGCCUGGCGACGAUAUUUUCUUGUAUGAGGAUGUUCCCUCGUUUCCUUUGGCUCCGUUUAUCGGUAUGGGACCUCGUAUGAAGACCAAAAAGGGUGGAAAGGCGGUGACGGUUUGUUUGUUUGAUCAACAAUUCGUCGACCCAGACUUCCCAUUUGUUGGUUGUUACUAUGAGUCUUACGGUGAGCUUUGCAACUCCAUCGAUGAGAAAUUUGCUUCCUUAGGAUACAAGUGA